AUGGGGACUUUGAGAUGCUAUGAAGAAGGCCGCGUGUGCAUCUCCUUUUUGAUCUUAUAUUGGAUCAUAGACUAUCUGCGCAUGGAUUGGCCUAUGACACCGUCGUACUUGAUUUUACCCAUUGUCUUCCUGACUUUCAUAGAAAACAAGAACAAUAUCGACAUCUUUGUACUAUUGUAG